UCAUCGUGUGGCCGCCGUCGUUCUUGGUGCGUGAUGCAGUUUUAUGAAGACGAGUCAACACAACAGUGAAACGAAAAAGGACUAAAAACUACUCCUAAAGAGAAAUGUGGUGGUAGCUGAUUGUGUCUGAACACGGCUGUCAUCGACGAUAAGGAAUUACACAGGGAGUGAAGGUAGCCAGUAGUGAGGCACCAUGGCAGCUACCUUCCCCUACAGAGGGGUCCCUGCAGGGUUGCCACCAGGUGUCCCCCCUCCUGUGCCCGUCCCAGACUACAUGUCUGAGGAAAAGCUGCAGGAGAAAGCAAGAAAAUGGCAGCAAUUGCAGGCAAAGCGCUACUCAGAAAAGAGGAAGUUUGGCUUUGUGGAUGCUCAGAAAGAAGACAUGCCACCCGAGCAUGUCCGCAAGAUCAUCAGGGACCAUGGAGACAUGACCAACAGAAAGUUUCGCCAUGACAAGAGGGUGUACCUCGGUGCCCUCAAGUACAUGCCUCACGCUGUACUGAAGCUGCUGGAAAACAUGCCCAUGCCCUGGGAACAGAUCAGAGAUGUGCCCGUCCUCUACCACAUCACUGGAGCUAUUUCCUUUGUGAAUGAAAUUCCCUGGGUCAUAGAGCCUGUCUACAUUGCCCAGUGGGGCACUAUGUGGAUCAUGAUGCGACGUGAGAAGCGUGAUCGUCGGCACUUCAAGCGGAUGCGUUUUCCACCAUUUGAUGAUGAGGAGCCGCCGCUGGACUACGCUGACAACAUCCUUGAUGUGGAGCCACUGGAGGCCAUCCAGAUGGAGCUUGACUCUGAGGAGGACUCUUCAGUUGCAGAGUGGUUCUAUGAGCACCAACCCCUCAAAGACACUGCCAAGUUUGUGAAUGGCACCACCUACCGUCGCUGGCAGUUCACACUGCCCAUGAUGUCCACACUAUACCGCCUGGCCAAUCAGCUGCUCACCGACCUGGUGGAUUUCAAUUACUUCUACCUGUUUGACCUCAAGGCUUUCUUCACUUCCAAAGCUUUGAAUAUGGCUAUUCCUGGGGGACCAAAGUUUGAGCCACUGGUCAGAGACAUCAACCUCCAGGACGAAGACUGGAAUGAGUUCAAUGACAUCAACAAGAUCAUCAUCCGGCAGCCUAUCAGGACAGAGUACAAAAUUGCCUUCCCCUACUUGUACAACAACUUGCCGCACCACGUCCACCUCACCUGGUAUCAUACACCCAAUGUGGUGUUUAUCAAGACAGAGGAUCCAGAUCUCCCAGCAUUCUACUUUGACCCACUGAUCAACCCCAUUUCACACAGACACUCUGUCAAGAGUCAGGAGCCUCUGCCUGAUGAUGAUGAGGAAUUUGAGCUUCCUGAGUAUGUGGAGCCCUUCCUCAAGGAGACCCCACUCUACACAGACAACACAGCCAAUGGCAUCGCCCUGCUGUGGGCGCCGAGGCCCUUCAACCUCAGAUCAGGCCGCACAAGGCGUGCCAUUGAUAUCCCCCUGAUCAAGAACUGGUAUCGUGAGCACUGCCCUGCAGGACAGCCGGUGAAAGUGCGUGUGUCAUACCAGAAACUGCUCAAGUACUAUGUGCUGAAUGCUCUCAAACACAGACCACCGAAGGCCCAGAAGAAGAGGUAUCUGUUCCGCUCCUUCAAGGCCACCAAGUUCUUUCAGUCCACCAAGCUCGACUGGGUGGAGGUUGGCCUGCAGGUUUGCCGACAGGGCUACAACAUGCUCAAUCUGCUCAUCCACCGUAAGAACCUGAACUACCUGCAUCUUGACUACAACUUCAACCUGAAGCCUGUCAAGACACUGACCACAAAGGAAAGAAAGAAGUCCCGAUUCGGUAACGCUUUUCACCUGUGCAGAGAGGUGCUGCGUCUCAGCAAGUUGGUGGUAGACAGCCACGUGCAGUACAGACUGGGAAAUGUUGAUGCCUUCCAGUUGGCUGAUGGGCUGCAGUACAUCUUCGCUCAUGUGGGUCAGCUGACAGGCAUGUACCGCUACAAGUACAAGCUGAUGAGACAAAUCCGUAUGUGCAAAGAUCUAAAGCAUCUCAUCUACUACCGGUUCAACACUGGUCCUGUGGGCAAGGGUCCAGGUUGUGGCUUUUGGGCUCCCGGCUGGAGAGUGUGGCUGUUCUUCAUGAGGGGGAUCACUCCGCUGUUGGAGAGGUGGCUAGGGAAUCUGCUGGCCAGGCAGUUUGAAGGUAUGCAUACACACUGUCCCAUGUUUUUUGCAGUGGCCACUAUUAUUUCAGCAACAAUCUCUAUGGUGCAUCUGUAGCAACUAACAAACCAUUUAAGUCACUUUGACCUGGAGUUGCGUGCUGCUGUGAUGCACGACAUCUUGGACAUGAUGCCUGAGGGCAUCAAACAGAACAAAGCCAGAACCAUCCUGCAGCACCUCAGCGAGUCCUGGAGGUGCUGGAAGGCCAACAUCCCCUGGAAGGUGCCAGGCCUGCCCACUCCCAUUGAGAACAUGAUCCUGCGCUACGUGAAGGCUAAAGCUGACUGGUGGACCAACACUGCCCACUACAAUCGUGAGAGAAUCCGCCGUGGAGCCACUGUGGACAAGACAGUGUGCAAGAAGAACCUGGGGAGACUGACCCGUCUGUACCUGAAGGCUGAGCAGGAGAGGCAGCACAACUACCUGAAGGAUGGCCCCUACAUCACAGCUGAAGAGGCCGUAGCCAUUUACACCACCACUGUUCACUGGCUGGAGAGUCGGCGGUUCUCGCCCAUCCCCUUCCCUCCACUGUCCUACAAACACGACACCAAGCUGCUGAUCUUGGCCUUGGAGAGGCUCAAGGAGGCGUACAGUGUGAAGUCUCGUCUGAACCAGAGUCAGAGGGAGGAGCUGGGGCUGAUUGAGCAGGCGUACGACAAUCCUCACGAGGCCUUGUCCAGGAUCAAACGUCACCUGCUCACCCAGAGAGCCUUCAAAGAGGUUGGUAUCGAGUUCAUGGACUUGUACAGUCACCUGGUGCCCGUGUAUGAUGUCGAGCCCCUGGAGAAGAUCACCGACGCCUACCUUGACCAGUACCUGUGGUACGAGGCAGACAAGAGACGCCUCUUCCCACCAUGGAUCAAACCUGCUGACACUGAACCACCACCACUGCUGGUCUACAAGUGGUGCCAAGGCAUCAACAACCUACAGGAUGUGUGGGAGACUGCUGAGGGAGAGUGCAACGUGAUGCUGGAGUCCCGCUACGAGAAGAUGUAUGAGAAGAUCGAUCUGACCCUGCUCAACAGGCUGCUGCGUCUCAUCGUUGACCACAACAUCGCUGAUUACAUGACGGCCAAAAACAACGUGGUCAUCAACUACAAGGAUAUGAACCACACCAACUCCUACGGCAUCAUCAGGGGGCUCCAGUUUGCCUCUUUCAUUGUACAGUACUACGGCCUGGUGAUGGACCUGCUGGUGCUGGGUCUGCACCGUGCCAGUGAGAUGGCCGGCCCACCUCAGAUGCCCAACGAUUUCCUCAGUUUCCAGGACACACCCACAGAGAGUGCCCACCCAAUCAGACUGUACUGCCGCUACAUCGACCGCAUCCACAUCUUCUUCAGGUUCUCUGCUGACGAGGCCAGGGAUCUGAUUCAGAGGUAUCUGACGGAGCAUCCAGACCCCAACAACGAGAACAUAGUGGGUUACAACAACAAGAAGUGCUGGCCCCGCGAUGCCCGCAUGAGACUGAUGAAGCACGAUGUCAACCUUGGACGUGCUGUGUUUUGGGACAUCAAGAACCGCCUGCCCAGAUCUGUGACCACUGUCCAGUGGGAGAACAGCUUUGUUUCUGUCUAUAGCAAAGACAACCCCAACCUGCUCUUCAACAUGUGUGGCUUUGAGUGCCGCAUCCUGCCAAAGUGCCGCACCAGCUAUGAGGAGUUUACUCAUAAGGAUGGUGUGUGGAACCUGCAGAAUGAGGUAACCAAAGAGAGGACAGCGCAGUGUUUCUUGCGUGUGGAUGAUGAAUCAAUGCAGCGCUUCCACAACAGAGUGCGUCAGAUCCUGAUGGCCUCUGGAUCCACCACAUUCACCAAGAUUGUGAACAAAUGGAACACAGCUCUGAUCGGUCUGAUGACGUACUUCCGUGAGGCUGUGGUCAACACCCAGGAGCUCCUGGACCUGCUGGUGAAGUGUGAGAACAAGAUCCAGACACGUAUUAAGAUUGGCCUGAACUCCAAAAUGCCUAGCCGCUUCCCUCCUGUCGUCUUCUACACACCCAAAGAGCUAGGUGGCCUUGGCAUGCUGUCCAUGGGCCAUGUGCUAAUUCCACAGUCAGACCUGCGGUGGUCCAAGCAGACAGAUGUGGGUAUCACCCACUUCAGGUCUGGAAUGAGCCACGAAGAAGACCAGCUGAUUCCUAACCUGUAUCGUUACAUCCAGCCAUGGGAGAGUGAGUUCAUUGACUCCCAGAGGGUCUGGGCUGAGUACGCCCUCAAAAGACAGGAGGCCAUCGCCCAGAACAGGCGUCUGACCCUUGAAGAUUUGGAGGACUCAUGGGACAGAGGAAUCCCUCGUAUCAACACACUUUUCCAGAAGGACAGACACACACUGGCCUACGACAAAGGCUGGAGAGUCAGGACAGAUUUCAAACAGUACCAGGUGCUGAAGCAGAAUCCGUUCUGGUGGACCCAUCAGAGGCACGAUGGCAAACUGUGGAACCUGAACAACUACCGCACAGAUAUGAUCCAGGCUCUGGGCGGUGUGGAGGGCAUCCUGGAGCACACACUCUUCAAAGGCACUUACUUCCCCACCUGGGAGGGUCUCUUCUGGGAAAAGGCCAGUGGCUUUGAGGAGUCCAUGAAAUGGAAGAAGCUGACCAAUGCCCAGAGAUCUGGUCUGAACCAAAUCCCCAACCGUCGCUUCACCCUUUGGUGGUCGCCCACCAUCAACAGAGCCAAUGUGUACGUGGGUUUCCAGGUGCAACUUGACCUCACAGGAAUCUUCAUGCACGGCAAGAUCCCCACUCUGAAGAUCUCCCUCAUUCAGAUCUUCAGGGCUCACUUGUGGCAGAAGAUUCAUGAGAGCAUCGUCAUGGAUCUCUGUCAGGUGUUUGAUCAGGAACUGGAUGCUCUUGAGAUUGAGACAGUGCAGAAGGAGACCAUCCACCCUAGGAAGUCGUACAAGAUGAACUCAUCCUGUGCAGACAUCCUCCUCUUUGCAUCAUACAAGUGGAAUGUCUCUCGACCAUCUCUGCUUGCUGACUCCAAGGACGUGAUGGACAGCACCACCACACAGAAAUACUGGAUCGACAUCCAACUGCGCUGGGGUGACUACGACUCGCAUGACAUCGAGCGUUACGCCAGGGCCAAGUUCCUGGACUACACCACCGACAACAUGAGUAUCUACCCCUCCCCUACAGGGGUGCUCAUUGCUAUCGAUUUGGCUUACAACCUCCACAGUGCCUAUGGUAACUGGUUCCCUGGAAGCAAGCCUCUGAUCCAGCAGGCCAUGGCCAAAAUCAUGAAGGCCAACCCUGCCCUGUAUGUGCUCAGGGAGCGUAUCCGCAAAGGUCUGCAGCUGUAUUCUUCCGAGCCCACUGAGCCGUACCUGUCCUCACAGAACUAUGGUGAACUCUUCUCCAACCAGAUCAUCUGGUUUGUGGAUGACACCAACGUGUACCGAGUCACCAUCCACAAGACCUUUGAGGGUAACUUGACCACGAAGCCCAUCAAUGGAGCUAUUUUCAUCUUCAACCCCAGGACGGGUCAGCUCUUUCUGAAGAUCAUUCACACGUCUGUGUGGGCCGGACAGAAACGUCUUGGACAGCUGGCCAAAUGGAAGACAGCUGAAGAAGUGGCUGCCCUGAUUCGCUCCCUCCCUGUGGAGGAGCAGCCGAAACAGAUCAUUGUAACCAGGAAGGGCAUGUUGGAUCCUCUGGAGGUCCACUUGCUCGAUUUCCCCAACAUCGUGAUCAAAGGUUCUGAGUUGCAGCUGCCCUUCCAGGCCUGUCUGAAGGUGGAGAAGUUUGGAGACCUGAUCCUGAAGGCUACAGAGCCUCAGAUGGUGCUGUUCAACCUCUAUGACGACUGGCUCAAGACCAUCUCGUCUUACACAGCCUUCUCCCGACUCAUCCUGAUCCUCAGAGCGCUCCAUGUCAACAAUGACCGCGCCAAAGUGAUCCUGAAACCUGACAAAACAACUAUCACCGAGCCCCAUCACAUCUGGCCCACGCUCACUGAUGAGGAGUGGAUCAAGGUGGAAGUGCAACUCAAAGAUCUCAUUCUGGCAGAUUAUGGCAAAAAGAACAACGUGAACGUGGCCUCACUGACCCAGUCUGAGAUCCGUGACAUUAUCCUGGGUAUGGAGAUCUCAGCUCCAUCACAGCAGCGACAGCAGAUUGCCGAGAUUGAGAAGCAGACCAAGGAGCAGUCACAGCUCACGGCCACGCAGACCCGAACCGUCAACAAGCACGGUGACGAGAUCAUCACCUCCACCACCUCCAACUACGAGACCCAGACCUUCUCCUCAAAGACUGAAUGGAGAGUCAGGGCCAUAUCUGCUGCCAAUCUCCACCUCCGAACCAACCACAUCUAUGUGUCAUCUGAUGACAUCAAGGAGACAGGCUACACCUACAUCCUGCCCAAGAACGUCCUCAAGAAGUUUAUCUGCAUCUCAGAUCUGCGAGCACAGAUUGCUGGCUACCUGUAUGGCACCAGUCCACCAGACAACCCCCAGGUGAAGGAGAUCCGUUGUAUCGUCAUGGUGCCACAGUGGGGAACACACCAGACUGUCCACCUGCCCAACCAGCUGCCUGGUCAUGAAUACCUUAAAGAAAUGGAGCCCCUCGGCUGGAUCCAUACUCAGCCUAAUGAGUCACCUCAGCUGUCCCCACAGGACGUCACCACCCAUGCCAAGGUCAUGGCUGACAACCCGUCUUGGGACGGAGAGAAGACCAUCAUCAUCACUUGCAGCUUCACCCCCGGCUCGUGCACGCUCACAGCCUACAAGCUGACACCCAGUGGAUAUGAGUGGGGUCGGCAGAACACAGACAAGGGCAACAACCCUAAAGGCUACCUGCCGUCCCACUAUGAAAGAGUGCAGAUGCUGCUGUCUGAUCGCUUCCUCGGCUUCUUCAUGGUGCCGGGCCAAGUGUCCUGGAACUACAACUUCAUGGGUGUGCGCCACGACCCCAACAUGAAGUACGACCUGCAGCUGGCAAACCCCAAGGAGUUCUACCACGAAGUCCACCGGCCCUCGCACUUCCUAAACUUUGCCUCACUGCAGGAGGGUGAGAUCUAUAACGCAGACCGUGAGGACAUGUACGCCUGAGAGCAGACGUCCUGCUCUGUGAACACAUUUUGUAGAUAACUAUGUGGAAUCAGUCCUGAACAGAUCUUGUAAUAUUGAACACAUGUAACUGUGAUGUUUGAAAUUUGUUAUGUGAAGGCUUUAGGACCUUUUUUAGAAACCUGUUAAUUUCUUUUUUUGGAUAUUUUCUACAAGUGUUUUGUUUUGUUCCCCAUUUUCUUACCUCCAUGAGUACAGUAAAGCUUCUUCAAGAAGAUGCAGUCUUUGAUUUUUGUGGCUUGUGAUACAUAAAAGCGUAUGUGCAUUUGUGUGUAGUUUUCAGUACACAAAACUUCUGGUAACAUUUGAUAAUGAACAUUGUUUGAAAAGGGUAAAGACUCAUUUCCCCUUAGCUCUUUGAGAAAUGAAAUUGAAAGUUGUAUUUUCAUGCCAGUCAUGCCGCGUUGCGAUGUCGUUGCUGUACAUCCUGUGACAUUGUAGCUUGGGUUUAAAUAAAGAUCACCAUUUUUAUAAACA